GAUCCAGUAUGGCGGAGUCUGUCAGACGGUGUUACGGACGGCGGAGGAACUCAGAUGGCUGCCGUUAAUCAGGCUUCUCUGUCUCGCUUGAGGGACAAUGGAAGAAGCCCUGGAGUGAACAUAAUGCCCUCCUCAGACUGUCAGGAGAUCAGCAGACAAGCGCUUGAUGACUGACCCCCCCGGCGUCCGUCUGGAGAGAGCAGACACACGGGUCACUUCUGGAGGAGACAGAAACACACAAGACCUGAUGAUGGUCCAGAAGACCCUGAGAUCACUGCAGAUUCAGAUGGUUUUAUUGGCACGGGGAAAUAUGCCAAAGCAUUAAUAACACUAUACAUACAGAUUCACAACAUAUACACACACACAAACUAGACUCAAAUAUAGACAGAUAGGAAUAUAACGUACUUGGUAAAUGAAAUGUUUUUCAAUCUUAUAAAGUUAUUCAGUAUUUAUAAAGGUAGAUGUGUCCCGCUGGAUGCUCUUUUUUGAUUGACCUGGUCUUCUGUAAAAAAAAAAAAAAACAUAUAUUGUUUAGCAAACACAUUCAGUGUCGUCGUCCAUAUGAAAUUAGGCUUAUAAUAAAUCAGAUCCUUUUAUAUGAACAGAAACUGACUUUUGUUUGUGUGUGUGUGCGCGUGUGUGUGGUUGCAUUGCCCUUUGAACUGAGGAAGUAAGCCUGCGGUUUUCUUUUCCACUGGCAAAUGCGGUUGUUCUACAGCUGCUCAAGAAUGUGUCCAUGAGAAAGGUCUCUUCUGAAUAUGUGAAACCAUUCAUAAAUUCGAUUAGAGAUGCAGAGCUUCAUCUUAAUGUAUUGAAGGACUUUGACAGCAGUGUCUGAUGCUAAUCUCAUUCUUCAUGAAACGAUGGCAGACGUGAUGCAGCUGCUGGCUGGAUUUGUCGAGACGAGGAGCAGAAACCGCUGCUGUGCUGGAACUAAAUCUGAAGUUUUGAGAACGCAUCAGCCGCUGCAAACAUCAUGACGUCUCCGAGUCAUUCAGACUCUCAGAUGGACCAGACUGUGGAGCUUUUGAAGCCGUCGGCGUUUGAGCACAUUCCCACAGUGGAGCUGAGUUCUGCUCUGCCUGUGAGGGUUCCUCCUGCUGCCAUCCCCAUGGAGCUGCGUGUGGAGCAGACGCAGACGCAGACGCAGACGCUGGACUCGAGCCGCCGCCAGCAGCAGCAGCAGCAGCACGAGAUGAUGGCGCUCAAACACAAGCAGCAGCUGCAGCAGCAGAUCCUCAUCACUGAGUUCCAGCGGAAACACGAGCAGCUCUCGCGCCAACACGAGGCCCAGAUACAGGAGCACAUGAAGCAUCAGCAGGAGCUGCUGGAGCAGCAGAGGAAGAUGGAGCAGGAGAUGGAGAAACAGCAGCGAGAGCAGAAGCUCCAGCUCCUCAAGAACAAAGAACGUGGCCAGGAGAGUGCAGUGGCCAGUACUGAGGUCAAGAUGCGUCUGCAGGAGUUUGUUCUGAAUAAAAAGAAAGCCCUCGCUCAGCGCAGUCUCAACCACUGCGUCUCCAACAGCCCACGCUACUGGAGCGGGAAAACUCAGCACAGUUCUUUGGAUCAGAGCUCCCCUCCUCAGACCAGCGUUAGUUCCUAUAACCAUCCUAUAAUGGGCGUCUACGACUCCAAAGAUGACUUUCCACUGCGCAAAACAGCGUCUGAACCGAACCUGAAGCUGCGUUCGCGUCUGAAGCAGAAGGUGUCGGAGCGGAGGAGCAGCCCGUUACUGCGCCGCAAAGACAGUCCCAUCAGCACGCUCAAGAAACGCUCUCUGGACAUGACAGAUUCGGCGUGUAGCAGCGCUCCUGGUUCAGGACCCAGUUCCCCAAACAACAGCUCACACGGAAACCUGUGCGAGAAUGGCAUCAGCGUGACUGAGUCAUCUCACAGGCCGGCUGGUCAGGACGUGUCGGUCAGUCAGCUGUCACUCUACACAUCUCCUUCACUACCCAACAUCACCCUGGGGCUGCCGGCCCCUGCCACCAACAACGUGACGUCUACCCAGUCGGACAGUGAAUGUUUGUCUGUGACCCGUUUACCAGUAAGCACUCCAUUUCUGGUCGCUCACCUGCCAUCAUUUCUUGGCAACUCGGAUGCUGCAAACUCCCACAGUGCACUGGUGCAGCACAUGGUCCUUCUGGAGCAAUCAGCCCCACCGAGUCCUUUGGCCACAGGGAUGGGAGCGGGGUCACUGCAGAAGCUGGGUCAGCACCGGACGCUGGGCCGCACACAGUCGGCUCCUCUGCCCCAGAGUGGACAGGCUCUUCAGCAGCUCGUGGUUCAACAACAGCACCAGCAGUUCCUGGAGAAACACAAACAGCACUUCCAGCAGAUCCACAUCAACAAGAUGUUGAGUAAACCCUGUGAUCGCCAGCACCAGAGCCACCCAGAGGAGACGGAGGAAGAGCUCCGAGAGCAGCAGGAUGCCACACAGACCGAAAUGUUUUCCAUGAGCCUCUCCAUUAAACAAGAACCGCCUGAUCUCACAGAGGAGCGGAGACCAGAAGAACAAGAGCUGCUCUUCGAAGAGCAGGCCUUUCUACUGGAGCAGCAGAGGAUCCAUCAGCUCAGAAACUACCAGGCGUCCAUGGAGGCGGUUGGUGGAUCGGUCAUUUUCCCAGGGCACCGCCCUCUGUCCAGAGCCCAGUCAUCUCCUGCAUCUGCCUCUUUCAUCAGUCCACAGGAACAGCCAUCCAAACCCCAUUUUACCACAGGUCUGGUGUACGACUCUCUCAUGCAGAAGCACCAGUGCAUGUGUGGAAACACCAACACACACCCCGAACACGCCGGACGCAUCCAGAGCAUCUGGUCUCGGCUGCAGGAGACGGGUCUGCGCAGCCGGUGUGAGUGUAUCCGUGGGAGAAAAGCCACUUUAGAGGAACUGCAGUCGGUUCAUUCUGAAGCUCAUGUCAUGUUGUAUGGAACCAACCCACUACGGCAGAAACUGGACAGUUCUGUCAUCUCCAUGUUCGUCAGGCUGCCGUGUGGUGGUAUUGGGGUGGACAGUGACACGGUCUGGAAUGAAGUUCACUCGUCGAGCGCAGCGCGUCUGGCCGUCGGUUCUGUGGUCGAACUCGUCUUCAAAGUGGCAUCAGGAGAGCUGAAGAACGGUUUCGCAGUGGUCCGGCCGCCGGGACACCACGCAGAGGAGAGCACACCCAUGGGCUUCUGUUACUUUAACUCUGUUGCCAUAGCAGCUAAACUCCUACAGCAGAGACUCAAUGUCGGCAGAAUUCUGAUUGUUGAUUGGGACGUUCAUCAUGGGAACGGAACACAACAAGCGUUCUACGACGAUCCCAGAGUUCUGUACAUUUCACUUCAUCGAUACGACGAUGGUAAUUUCUUCCCAGGCAGCGGCGCUCCGGAAGAGGUGGGCAGUGGCCCGGGAGUCGGUUUCAACGUCAACGUGGCGUUUACUGGAGGACUGGAUCCACCGAUGGGAGACGCAGAAUACCUCGCUGCCUUCAGGACGGUGGUGAUGCCAAUCGCGAGCGAGUUUGCUCCAGAUCUGGUGCUGGUGUCUGCAGGGUUUGAUGCGGUGGAAGGACAUCCUCCUCCGUUGGGAGGAUACAAACUCACCUCCAGAUGUUUGGGUCACCUGACUAAGCAGCUGAUGGGGUUAGCGGGGGGUCGAGUGGUGCUGGCGCUGGAGGGAGGUCAUGACCUCAGGGCCAUAUGUGACGCCUCCGAGGCCUGCGUCUCAGCGCUGCUGGGGAUAGAGGUAGAGCCACUUUCUGCAGACGUCCUGAAGCAGAGACCCAAUGAAAACGCUGUGCGCUCGAUAGAGAAAGUCCUGGAAAAUCACAGUCAGUACUGGCGCUGUGUCCAGCGGGUCGUGUCCGGCGCAGGUUUGUCUCUGCUGGAAGCUCAGAGAGGCGACUCUGAGGAGAGCGAGACGGUGACCGCAAUGGCCUCUUUAUCUGUCGCAGCAUUGGAGAAAAGGACGGAGGAUGAGCCCAUGGAAGAGGAGCCGCCGAUGUAGGGACGAGAGUUUUCCCAGAGCUCUGAGCUCUUCUGGGACUCUGCAUCUGUUUGACUUGGUCUCGUCUGACGGAGAUCCUCGCUGAGCAGAGAGAGACGUCAGGGUGAAGGCUAACUCACCAUGUUAGCGCUGUAGCCCGCUAGCACUGUGGCCCCAAUGCAACACACUCGAGCUGAAGUCACUUGAGACGUUUGUUUUUGGAGAUUUCUCUCCCAUUGGCUCAAUGUGCACACACCUCGUUGCAGACGUCAGCCAGGAGGUCGUUCUGACAGAGGGAUGGAUGGAACGCCGGGGUCAAGCAAAUCCUCCAUUGGCUCCAGGAGCCCUGUUUAGUACUUACACCUUCAGCACUGCAGCGUUCGGCUCGCCAGUGCCACUUUACAGACGUUUCUCAGAGAGGGAGUGCCUUGAAGACCAUCUGAACUAUGUAUGAAUUCUGAGGAAUUUGCCUUAAUUCAGGAAUGUCCCAUAAUUCCAGUGGGUCGACCGAUUAGGAAGAGUUUACUUGGACAGCAUCUGCGCUUUAGUCCUAAACGCACAUUGUCUAGCGCUGACUGACUUUUCUUUGGAUUGUUUUUUUGCAGAAACUGUCUGCAGCUCCAGUGAAGCGUAACAGUGGCUCCACAUCACAGCAGCUGAAGGCAGGACUCGGAUACAGAGUGGGUUAUUGACUGGCAUGUGCUUUACAGGACAAAACUACACCCGGACUGAACCAGAGACCAGAAGGUAUGACCAAAGCAUGAGUUUGCAUCUUGUGUUGUACCUUCCUCUAACCACAGCGUUUGACACUAAUUACAAGACCACGGCGGAUGUGAACGGGUUGGCCUUUGGGUGGGGAACAGAACCAGACAAGAGACGACAGUGAACCAAAUCAGCUCGGGUUCUUCUUAAGCCUAACUUUGUAAAAAGGAAGUUACAACUUGCAAAUGUUGGAGACCCCUAAGCAUGAAGUGGGAUCAGUACCUAUAAGAUCAAUACCAAUAUGCAUGUGAAAUCUUCAUUUUAUUUUCCUUCGCUAACGAACCUAGAGCCUCAUCUCCCAACACAACAGCUUCACCUCUAAAAGAAGAGUUAGUUUCUUACUUGGCAACUCUUGACAACUGUUAAAAUGCUCAGACUUUAGUUGUUCCUGAUUAUUUUUGAGGUUUUAGUAAUUAACUAGUCCAUUCCUGUUUUGUUCAGUUUUACUUCAUUCCUUGAGCUGAAAUUCCAGAUAUUUGCACGUUUCGCUUGGCUGCUUAUUUCUAUUAUUAACUGUGCUAAUGGUUUGAGUUCCAUUAUUUGCGUUACAUUUGGUACCUUGUACUUUAAACGAGUGCUUGAUGAUGUUCUUGGGUUUUCAACCAUUCAAUCAUGAUGACUGAUUGUGUACUUCCAUGUUUUGUUCAUAUUAGAUUUGUGUAUGAAAGGAAACCUCAUUUUUUUGUGACAGUUUAGGAGUAUAUAACUAUCAGUUCUGUCAGGAAUUAACCUGCUAAACACACUUGAUUGAUGCUCAGUGAUGUUCAGUUUUAUAAAAUGUUUUUGGAGAACGUGCUACAUGCUGAUAUUAGAGAGAAACCGUAUGUCUAUGACAGUGAUAAAAAUAAAAAAAAAUGAACAUUACUCCAAAGCAUUUUAAAGCAUUUUCAAGAUGUUUCUCUGUGCAUAAAACAAACAAACAAACAGAUCUUUAGUACGCAUGGUUCGCAUGAUAAUUUAUCCACACACUUCACUAAAUACUAAAACUUUGUCAGUUUUGAAUAAAGUUGUAGAUUGAGAAACAAAGGGAUUCAUGGUUCAUCACCUGCAACACAAACAGAUGUUAACCUUCAUUUACAAAUUCAAAUGAAAAACAGCUGGGACAAUGUUCACAAAUUGGGUUGCUUUAGCUGAUUUUGUAUAAAAUUGAUUUGUAAUUUUAUGUAUAUUUAAUUAUAAUAUAACAUAAUUAUUUAUUUGUCUAUUGACUUCAUUUAUUUAUUUUGUACUGUGCUUAUUUAGAGGUCUUUGAUUUACUGACUGAAAUGCAGUCUGAUUCAUGAGCUCAGGUUUCUUCAUUUUGAAGGAUUCUUAGAUCCUUGCUCUUGUUUGUGUUGAUAUACGAGUGUUGAUUUAUCAGACACCGGUGUUUAAACACUCCCCAGACGACACUGGUGCGGUGCAGGACAGAAAUCCUGUUCUUCUGAGAACAUGUAGAAGGGAACAGGGACUGGCCAUCCUAACUUUUUUAAAGAUGUGUUUUGAUAAAACUUAUGAAAGUUUGUUUGUGCAAUAAUCACUUGAUUUUGUCAAAUAUGAUUAAGAAGAGGUAAUGAAGGAUCCUCACGUGCAAGUUGUGUGUUGUUUUUUUUAUUUGUAUGUUUUUUUUUCUUAUUUAUAAUAAUUUAUUCACAUAAUCUUUUUAUAAUAAUUAGUCAUUCAUAUGAUUUCAUUUAUUAUUAUAAUUAUAUAUAUUUUUUUAUUGUGUAUUCAUUUAUUAUUUCUGUAUAAUUUUCCCUAGCUUAUGCAUUUUCAUUGUUGUUCAGUCUCAUUCUUGUGGGGUUUCAUGAACUGUUGUUUCUGUAUAGAGACAGAUAAGAGGGAAUGUUUAUGGAAACCCAAGGUUUUGGGAUGUUACUGUGAAGCAGUUUUGGUAUAACAGUACGUGUUGAAUUUGUGCUGGUCAGACAAAGUUUGAACAUUGAGACACGCAAAUAAGAUUGUUCAAUAAACUCUUUUUAUGUUCAUCA